GACAACGGACUCCGCUGAGAAAGUCAGAGACGCUAUUCGGCAAUCCGGAAUACACUUUUUCCCCCAACAUUUAUGUCGCUCAUACCCUCUCAUUUACAAAUCAAAGGAAUUGUAAAUAUCAUUCACUCGGUCUGAGAUGCCUGCUGGUUCGCUGUAGCCAAUGGUUGCUGUAUGUUGUGUGUGGAUUAUUCGUCGCCGAGCUAGUCGCAUAUUCGAACUAGUAAAGGGCCCGCAGACAGUUGAAUGUAUGAAGCUGAAGGAUCGGAGUGAUAAAAAUGAGGUUUUGUCGGAGUUCCCAGCGGGUGAACUGAACUUGGAUUUUCAGUCCCUCACCCUAAACUCAUUUCCCGCUGUAAGAAAACCAUAUUCCUUAAAAACUGGACGCCUCUGGAACUGUUUAUGACGACCCUGGUUGGACCGUAAUGACCGCACGCUUCCAGUUGCCUGCUGGCAGAUCUUACAAUGUCCGGGCAUCAGAGCUGGCACGCGACAGGCAGCACACUGAGGUGGGCUGCAACGUACUUCUCUUGGACAACACUGUCCAAGCCUUCAAAGUUAAUAAGCACAACCAGGGUCAGGUCUUACUGGAGGAAGUGUUUAAACACCUGGAGCUGACAGAGAGGGAUUACUUCGGCCUGCAUCUGUCCGACGACUCCUCCGACAGCCCGAGAUGGCUGGAUCCAAACAAACCCAUCAGGAAGCAACUAAAACGGGGAUCGCCUCAUAAUCUGAGCUUCAGAGUGAAGUUCUUUGUGACCGACCCUAAUAAACUUCAGGAAGAGUACACUAGGUACCAGUAUUUCCUCCAGCUCAAACAGGACAUCCUGACUGGAAGACUGCCCUGUCCGCACAACACUGCCGCACUCCUGGCGUCCUAUGCUGUUCAAUCUGAGUUGGGAGACUACAGUGACUCGGAGCAUGCUCCUGGCUACCUCUCAGAGUUCUGCUUCAUCCCCAACCCACCACAAGGGUUCCACAAGGAGGUCACCAAACACCACCAACAGCACAGUGGUCUGUCUUCUGCCCAGUCAGAGUUUAAUUACCUGAACACAGCACGGACGCUGGAGCUGUACGGAGUGGAGUUGCACUAUGCAAGGGAUCAACGCAACACUGAGAUUUUAAUUGGGGUGAUGUCAGCAGGGAUCGUGGUUUACAAGAACAGGGUACGAAUCAACUGCUUUCCCUGGUUGAAGAUUGUGAAAAUAUUGUUCAAGUGCAAACAGUUCUUCGUUCAGCUCAGGAGAGAAGUGAAUGAGACGAGGGAGACCUUGCUGGGGUUUAACAUGGUGAGCUACAGAGCCUGUAAGAACCUAUGGAAGACCUGUGUAGAGCAUCACACCUUCUUCCGUCUGGACCGGCCCGUUCCCCCUCAGAAGAACUUCUUUGCCCACUAUUUUACCCUGGGCUCCAAGUUUCGUUACUGCGGGAGGACCGAGGUGCAGUCGGUGCAGUAUGGCAAAGAGAAGGGGAUCAAGAACAGGGUGUUUGCCAGGUCUCCCAGUAAGCCCAUGGCCAGGAAGUUGAUGUGCGGGACAGACUGGGAGGCGGUGAGCAGGAACAGCCUAUCAGACGAGAGGCUGGAGACCCAGAGCCUGCCCACACGCUCCCCACCCGGUACCCCUAACCACCGGAACUCGUUGUUCGUAGAGGAGGGGACGCGGAUGCGCCCGUUGUCGGUUGGGCACCUGGUGGACCACAUAAUCCACGCCUCGCCUAGUCUCCCCGUCUUCUCCAAUCACAAAUCAGCGUCCUCCACCCAGGCCAACUCUAUCAGUCUGGACUCCAGCCCCUCCCCAGAGACAGUAGAUGGUCUGCCCCCGGCCCUGCCUCCAAAACAGUCCAGGAAGAACCUGAGCCAGAUCAUCCAGGACCACUCCCAGCAGAGUCUCCUUGACAACCACAUCAACGAGAUGUACGAUGUCCCCAUGGCAACCGACAAGACCACGUUGAACGGUGUUGUCCCUCACGACAAUCUGGUCCUGGUCAAGAUGAGGCCAGACGACAACAGACGAUUUGGCUUCAACGUCAAGGGUGGAGCUGAUCAGAAGGUGCCCGUCAUCGUGUCUCGUGUGGCCCCUGGGACAUCGGCUGACCUGUGUGUCCCUCGUCUGAACGAAGGUGACCAGGUGGUUCUGAUCAACGGUCGAGACAUCUCGGAGCACACUCACGACCAGGUGGUCAUGUUCAUCAAGGCCAGCUGUGAGAGCCACUCAGGAGAGCUCAUCUUAUUGGUCAGGCCCAAUGCCAUCUAUGACAUGGUGGAGGAGAAGCAGGAGACUGAGCCAGACUUCCAGUACAUCCCAGAGAAGUGUCCCCAGGACCCCAGUCAGCUGGACCAGGACGCCUGGAGGGACUCCAUGAACACCCUGAAGGAGGGUCUGGUCAGCGGGGAAGUACUAGCCCAGUUUGAUCAACUUUACCGGAAAAGUCCUGGAAUGACAAUGUUGUGUGCCAAAUUACCUCAAAACAUUUCCAAAAACCGCUACAGAGACAUCUCACCCUAUGAUGCCACACGGGUCAUUCUGAAAAGUACAGAUGACUACAUCAAUGCAAAUUACAUCAACAUGGAGAUCCCAGCGUCCAGCCUGAUCAACCGGUACAUUGCGUGCCAGGGCCCGCUGCCCAACACGUGCCCAGACUUCUGGCAGAUGACCUGGGAGCAGAGCUCCUCCAUGGUGGUCAUGCUCACCACCCAGGUGGAGAGGGGACGGGUAAAGUGUCAUCAGUACUGGCCCAACCCUGACAGCACUGCCACGUACGGCCGCUUCCAGCUGGCCUGUCUCACUGAGGAGGGUAAUUCUGCCUUCCUGGUCCGAGACAUGACCCUUACACACCUCGAGAGCGAGGAGGUCCGGGAGUUGACCCAGAUCCAGUACGUGGCCUGGCCGGACCAUGGCGUCCCAGAUGACUCCAUGGACUUCCUGGACUUUGUCAGCCUGGUGCGAAGCAAACGAGCCGGCAAGGAUGAGCCCAUGGUGGUCCACUGCAGUGCAGGGAUUGGCCGAACGGGAGUUCUCAUCACCAUGGAGACAGCGUUGUGCCUGAUGGAGUGCAGUCAGCCCAUCUAUCCAUUAGACAUAGUCAGAACCAUGAGGGACCAGAGAGCCAUGAUGAUUCAGACACCUAGCCAGUACAAGUUUGUGUGUGAAGCCAUAUUAAGGGUCUACGAGGAAGGCCUGGUCAAACCCCUGAAGUCCACCCUUUACCAGAGAGAAGAAGAACGAGAAGAAGAAGAAAAUGGAGGAGAAGCAGUAGGAGAGGAAGAAGAGGAGGAAGAGGAUGUUAGCGUUAGUGUUAGCGUUAGUGUUAGCGUUAGUGCUAGUGUGACCAGUGUGACGAGUGAGACUAGCGCAACCAGCGAUUGCCCUGAACCCUGACCCCUUUGACCUGACCUGGGUCAGCCCAGUGCCAGGGAGGAGGAGCCCUGGUUACCAUGCUUACCGCCAUGGGCCGAGGAGAGAACAAAGCACUGUUGCACUUUACGCCAUCAAAAAAACUAAUAACUGAAAGUUAUGGACAAAUGAAUCCAGUUAUGUUGAAUAGGUACCAUUAGGGGUAUUGUGUGUUCAGGUAAAAAAGAAAAAGACAUUUAAAACAUGGUGAAAUUGCUGUAGUAGUGCCGUAAGUACAAUGAAUGGGCGGGGCUGUGAGAGAGGGAGUGUUUUUAAGAGUGAUCGAUAAGCCCCUCCAAAUGAAUCUGCCGCCUUUUCUUCUAUGUCCCUCCGGUCCAACGAGAGACACCGUAUUUUUUUCAAAUAAUAUUUAUUGUGUUUUAGUUUGUCAAACCCUGUCCAUUGAACAAAGUGUAUGUUAGAAUGAGUCUUAGCUUCAGGCAUCCCAAAUGAAAUCAUAGGUAGUAAAAGUUGUCAUUCUUGACUUUUUAAUGAAAAAAGUGGUUUAAUUUAUUAUAUAUUUUAGCUUUUGUCAAAUUCAGACACUACACAUCAGAGCACUUUGUGUCUACCCCUAACUAACCUUGUGGCUGAUGUGGGGCUAUGCCCAAGGAGCCAUUGACUGGCAUCGAUUGGCAUGUUAAACUGUCCAGUUGGUCAACUUUUAGAGCUGUUUACUGUGUCAAGACAGGGGGAGGAUCUACUCUAAGCAAUUUGACAAAGUCCACAGCUACUAAGAGGAAGCUCGACCUUAAAACGAUCUUUAAGUUCCGUUCCUCUCUGUCUUUGUUUGUGUGUCUGUCUCUAAAGAAUGUAGAGAAUAUCAAGAGCAUUCAACCAAUAAUGAUUAGAAACCCACCUCCCCCCUUUUGAUAUAUUUCAAAUGGUAGUUAGAGUUUUUAAAACACAUUCUUUUUUAUUGGAGAUGAUAAUCACUUAGAAUGUUUUAGGUACAGAUUACUGGGAAUUUGUUGUACUUGUACCCAACACAGUUAUGACAUGUUUCACUCAAACAUCUGACAACACGAGGUGUCCUUUUCACACUGGUUCAACUGUAUUCACAUUAUCAUCAGCUCUUGUAUUGGAGUUAUCAGCAUGUUUAGUUUGAGCUACUCUCCUUCUCAUGAAAGAGUCUGUUUCUUGCUUUGUUUGGUUACCUGGCUGCUGGCAUCUUGGCACUGCAGGUAGUGCCACCCUCUCUGAUGCGCUCUUCUGCACAACCAAACUGCUGUAUGCCUGUAUGUGUGUGGGGAUGUGUACGAGUGUGAGAGAGUGCGGCACGCAUGUGUAUUUUUAG